AUGGACUCCUUUUAUGUUAUAUUACCCUCAAAUACAGGAGGGGUUGAAGGAAAUACCACUUCUAAAUUUACUGUUCGAAUGCCUGAUACUCUUGAAUUGGAUUCAAGUUGGACUGUUGCACUAUCUAAUAUUAUAUAUCCGUUUUCUUUUUCAUUGGCCGGAGAUUCCGAAGAACAAGAAUCAAUAACCGUUUUUCGAAGAUACGGAAAUGAACUUUUACCAAUUCGUAUCGAGAUACCAGAUUUGUCCUUUGCCUCAGAAGAGGCAUUAGAAGAGGCUAUUAAUGCAGUUUUGCUUGAUGUAUGGAAAAAGGAAUUGGAUCGCGAACGAGAGGAACAGAGGCUUGAAGAGAAUAAAAAAAGAAUUUAUGGGAAUUUUCGUAAAAGGCGCGCUGUCGAAUCUAUAAAAGAACAGUAUAAUAAACAUGGUUAUUUCGAUCUUUAUACAAAUGAACUCAAUAAAUUUAUCAAGCUAUUAUCAGAAGAGGAUGAGGCAAUUAGUCCAAAACUUACAAAUUUGAGUCCAGGAGAAGGAGGAAAAAAUAUUCGUCUUUUGCCUCCUGCAAAUCAAAAAUCUCUUUAUUUAAAAGUUAUUGAUAAAUUUAUUGUUUCACACCAACCCUUAGAACCUACUGAGCAAUUGGCUAAGAAUGGCUAUUUCGAUAUGCAAAAGCAAACCUCUUUUAAUUUUAUGAAAUAUUUAGGCAAAAAAGGAAUUCGAUUACCUCCUAUUAGCCCUGCCCCUCUUGCAGUUGAUGGUAUAGAAAGGGUUCGGUUUCGUCCGUAUACCGAUCAAAUGGAGCGAGUCAAACAGGCUAUUAAAGAAUUUAUGAAUCCAUCGAGGGACGAUCAAGCUGAAGAGAAAGUUGUAUCUGUCAAUAGUCAAGAAAUAACCCCUGAAUCAACUCCACAAACAGAGGAUGAGCAUGAGAAUCCGCAGGUUGAUUACUCUCUAGUGACUAUCACUCAACAAUUGGAAAAGGAAGAUUAUUUUGAUAUGCCAAAGGACCGUGCUUAUAAAUUUAUAAAAUAUUUAAAUACGGAAAUUAAGGGCGCAAAACUUCCAAAUGUAUCUACGGUUGCGGGAAGCUCUGUUGAGACGAUUAGAUUAGAGCCACAAACUGAUCAGAAAGAUCUAAUAAUAAAUGCAAUUAAAAGCUUCAUGUCCAAUUCUCCAUACGUGCCUGAGUCUAUUCAACAAUCAGAAACAACAGAUUCUGUAGAAGAAAGUUUUGUUGAAAAUGAUCAAGAAAAUUCUAAUGAAAUUGAAGAAACUCCUGCUACAGAUGUGACUAGUUAUAUAAUUGACGCUACGCUCAAUCCUGAGCCUCCAGUUGAGUCAUCUCCCACUCCUGAGACUCCGGUGACAAGGCCAAUAAUCGAAGCUCCGCCCCCUCCUGUGACAAGUCCAAUAAUCGAAGCGCCUCCCACACCGGUGACAAGUCCUAUAAUCGAAGCUCCGCCCAUUCCUGCGACAAGCCCUGUAAUCGAAACUUUCCCUACUCCUGAGACUCCAGUGACAACACCUGAAGAAAAACACCUUGAAUCUAAUGACAAAACUCCUUUAGAUGGGAAAAUAACUCCCCUUUCAUAUGUAGAGGUAACGGAUGAAAAGCCAUUAUUAACUGAUGAGCAAAAAGUUUUAAUGGAAAUGGCCGUUCGUGCAGCUACAAGAGCAUGGAGAAAUAGUGUCGAGUUGGCAGAGCAAGCACAAAUAAAUAUGGAACUUGGUGAAAAAUAUUGGCAGAAUGCGCGCUUUAAGUAUGCGCUUAAAGAUAGUGUGAUUACAUUAAAAGAAACGGGCGAAACUGUACACUUAAGAAAAACACCUGAAAAUAUUAUUGAAUGGGUUAAAUCUCAAUUAAUAUUGUUAACUAAUCGUAAAAUUUCAAUUGAUAAAUGGACACAGGAAUGUUUAGAGUAUGGAAAAAGAGCUUCGGAAGCACAGCUAGAAACUAAAGCUGCAGAAACCCGCGGUGAUGUUUCAGAAGCAAGAAAAGCUGCGGAUCGUGCUAAGGCCGCAGAACGUAAGGUAAAGGAAGCAGCCAGUCAAGUUGAAGAAGCUGUUGCAGGACAAAAACGUUUAUCAGAAGAAAUUAUUGGUAAAGUUGACGCAGAACUUGCGAAACAGGACACGGCAAUCGAAGAUACUUCGUUAUUUCCUGUAUCUCCAACUAUUGAAGAUGAAAAUGAAAAAAUACCAGAAGAGAAUAUCGAGGAAAAUAUUGAAAUCCCUGAAGAACAUGAAGUUCUAACCGAUGAGGACGAAGAAGAGUGGACACCUCCAUUACCAGAAGAAACUAUCCAAGUAUACGAAGAAAAUAUUGAGGCGAACGAAGAACCAACGAUUAUCGAAGAAGGUACUGCGGAAGAAGAUAAGCAAGAGGAUACACAACAUGAAUUACAAACAAUAACCGCUGAUGACGAAGAGCAAUGGGAAGCUCCAUUACCAGAAGAAAUUAAUGAGGUACAUGAAGAAACAAUAGAAGAUACUGAAGAAGAUGAUAAAAGAGAAGAGCCUCCGCAGGAAUCACAAACAAUAAGCGAUGAGGACGAAGAGCAAUGGACACCUCGAUUAGCAGAAGAAGAUCCUGUAAGUAUUCCACCAUCAACCGCAAAUUUACUUGAAAAUAUUGUGCAGCCUAAAGUAGAUGAAAUAAUUCAUACAGAGGAGCGGCCUUCUCUUCUACGUCCUGAAAUGUUAAUUGGAGAGCCUCCUCACCAUCCCUCCUCAUGGAAAAGCUUCUUUGGACUUGGCGGUAUGUCAAGCGAAGACAAAACAAAACCUAAAGAGCUUCCAGGCCAAAAGGAAAAAGCAGAACCUCACAAAGAAAAGUUAACAAUAAGAGUUGAUGAUUCGGAUCCUAAUGUAAAGAAAAUGCAUUUUGCUAAAUAUGACUAUCCUCCUGAAUAUCUAAAAAUGCUUCUAAGCUUUUCCAAUAUACAACUAGCCGAUCCAAAAUAUCAAUGGGUUUCAGUACACUUUGAUAAAUUGCAUAAGAGGUUCCAUGUCUUCUUACAAGGAAACGUACAUUAUAUUCAAAUAAGUCGUCAAUUAGCAUAUACUCUUGGUUUUGAUUCUGAGAAAGUUCAUAGUGGACAAGUGGCAAAGUAUAUGCCUGAUAUAUCUGGGGGUGUUCGACAAUUUUUGGUUUAUGCGCCAAGGCUUGUUGAAAAUAGCAUAAUUGGAAACGUAACUGCUCCCCUAUUACGUGUUGUGAAUUUAACUGGUAAGCCUGGUGAUAGUAUUUCCGAAGUAUAUAUGACCGAACAUCAACAUCGUAUAUUAGGUAAACGUCAUCCAGACAUUACUAUUGAAAUUCGUACCUUAGCUGGAAAACUUGUAAAAUUCCAUUGGGGAACCUGUAUACUAACACUACAUUUUCAACGCUCUCUAUUUUAA